AUGAACGAGACGAAGAAAAUCUACGACUCCGCCGUUGUCACAUGGAAGAGGAGCCGCAUCGUUCGUGCCAAGGUUCGCGACCUUUACAAAUCGGGCCGUCUCAAUGUCCAAGACCUCUCCGUUCGGUACGACAGGUCGCCAGCAACCAUCGCCGCCAUCAUCGACAAUGACCAUAUGCGCGUGUGCCGUAAGCCGCUCGACAAGGAGCGGUUCAGAGAUAAUCUAGAAGAAGAUGCACAUUACGGAGGUUUGGACGAGCAUGAUCGGUCUAUGCGUACUGACGAGACGGAUUGGAGGGCUUUCAUGGCGACGAGGGAGAAGCCUCAGGUGCCUGGACCGAUGGUUGGCCUUUCCUCUGCCCAAGAGAUGCAAACAGCCCCUGGUGUACACACUGGUACCCUAAAUGCUGCUCAUAAUAUCCAAACUCAGGGAACCGAAUUAAUCGAGAACGCUCCAAGUAAUGUUAUGCCUCCCAGCUCGCAAAACCUUCCCGCAGCCGAACCCAUUGUCGUCCUCGAAGGUGGAAAAGAUCAGGUAAACGCUAGGCCUCGUCGCGAGCGGCACCCAGUUCAGAAAGAAAUUUGGUCGGUUCCCCGAGCCGCCCAACCUGCCCCUCCUCCAUCGACAUCUCGUGCACCUCCUACUGUACAGGGCUCGAGCUAUAAUCCCCACUUCCUGCCUGCUUCUGCGUCAACCAGCAGCCACGCCUAUCCGAGUCGCGCAUACAGCCAAGUCGUAGAGCCCGUAGAGCCCGUGUCGAGCGACCCAAUCAGUCUCUUUGUGAUAUCGCACGGCCUUAUGGAAUAUCACGCCCACAUCCUUCGGUCCGUCAUCGGGAUACAUACCAAGGAGGAACUUGAGGAGUGUAAGAGGAUGACCACGUCGACGUUAGAUGCGGUGAUGGGUAAGAGGUUGAUGGGGAAGAGUGUCUCGCCGUUCGAGUACAUGAAACUGAGGGACGCGUUCAUCAGAGAGAGGGAGUUGAGUAUUUGA